AUGUCAGUUGUACCAAAUAAGAAAUGUGGCCGUUGCGAAAAAAUUGUCUAUCCAACAGAAGAAAUCAAAUGCCUCGAUAAAUACUGGCAUAAAGGCUGUUUGAAAUGCACAGUGUGCGGAAUGACCCUCAAUGUGAAAAACCUGAAAGGUUACGAAAAGAUGCCAUAUUGUCAUGCACAUUAUCCUCAACCAAAACCAACUGUUGUCGUUGAUAAUCCUGAAAUGCAACGUAUUCGGUUAUUAACUGAUAUUCAAAGCAAUGCAAAAUAUCAUGAAGAUUUCAACAAAAGUAAAGGAAAAUUUACAGUCGUAGCUGAUGAUCCUGCUUUAACACGAGCCAAAGAACAACAACGUAUAGUUAGUCAAGCAGAAUAUACUGGCAAACGAAAAGAUAAUAACUCACAAAUAAUCUCUAAUAACAACAAUGGUUCAAUGUCGAAAUAUAAUUCAUCGGAAUUAAGAGUCGGACGUGUUGCUGAUUAUGAUCCAAUCAAUGAUGAUCGUGGCUCCUUGUCACGUGGUUAUGAACCAACAUCGAAAGCUAUGCAAAAUACCAAAUACGAUACGAACCAAAACAAUAAUUACAAAUCCGACAAUGGCAAUCAUAACGAUACUCAAUCUACAUUGAUGAAAGUUCGUGCACUUUAUUCGUAUACAGCCGCUGAAUCGGAUGAAAUCAGUUUUGCGGAGGGUGACACCAUCAUCGAAUGUGAACAUAUUGAUGCUGGUUGGAUGUUAGGACGUCAUCCUCGAACGGGCAAACAAGGUUUACUUCCAUCAAAUUACGUUGAAAUCAUCGGUUGA